GUGUACGAUCGGGCUUAUCUAAAAAGCUCGAUGAAAAAAAUCCCGCAAUGGCAAGUACACAUUGUAUUAAUCAUCGGCAAGCUUUGGCUUCCAAAACAUUGCCACAGAAAUUACGCCAGACUUUGGACUCGGCUAUAAGGAUUUUCACUUUGCGCGAAUCUCGAUUCUGAUCACAAAGUUCUGUCUCAUUCAGACCUACUCUGGCUGUCCAAAUGCAACAUGUUGGCUCGCUUUUAUGAAUUGAAAGAAGAGUUAAUUCUGUUUCCUGAGUUCAAAGAAAAACACGAUUUCUUGACAAUGUUCAAAGAUGACACAUUUCAAUGGAAGUUGGCUUAUUUAACUGACAUAUUUGACUACUUGAAUGAGAUAAACUUGAAACUUCAGGGCAGAAACAACACUAUAAUAAGCAAUUAUGAUUAUAUCAUAUCAAAGCUUCAACUUUGAAAUCAAA